AGGCCGCCACUUUGUUGAAAGAGGUACCCCCGACGAGAUUGUGAUUGUGCUAGUUUCGAGUUACCCCCAGCAGCAUUUCCCUUUGACGAGUUUGUGUUGUUGUUUCCAUCUUUACUUGCAUUUAGUUUCAGUUCCGUCGUUCUUGUUCUUCAAAACAUCGCGUUUUAUUUAGUCGUAAAGAACAUCUACCAACACCACCACCCUAGUUGACCAUAUUUCAACACCUUGAAAAACUUUAGUUUCUGAGGCAGCGGAGUGGUUCUGCCAACCCGCGCGCAGGUCAAAAUGGAGGGUGGCGAUCAGCUUUCUCCGAGCAAUCAGGAGGUUAUUGCGGAGGAAAUUGAAAGCGAAAUAUGAACUGCAAAUAAAGUAUCGUACUAGAAUAAAUUGCAAUACUAUCGAAGAAAAAAACACCAUCACAAUCACAAAACUCAAAUUUUCAAAAUUUUUGACCAUCAAAAUUAAAAUUUCGCUGGACUUUCGCGGCACUCCCGAACCUGUUGUAUCUGGUUUUGAAUGUUGAGUUUUGCAGCAGAUGAUUUAUGAUAUUGGCUAUUGGCGGUAAGCUAGCUAGUUAAGAAGAGAGAGUUCUGAAGACAAUCGCUCAGCUUCCAGCAGACGAACAGUGGUAGAUGGGGUUGUCGCCCUCUGGCCCCACCUCGUAAGUCAAAACGUCGACUUCGGACAUCCACAGCUCGAGCUCGCAAAACGUCUAAGUAGGGUAUCCACUGCUCCGGCUCCGGCCCAUAGAUCUAGACUCUAAAUCCCAAGGCCCGAGCAGCCAGAUCGCCAAACGAUGCAUGCGCUCCGGGCUCUAGGCCCCAGCGAUCAGAGCCAAGCUCUCACAGCCAAGCCAGCAGAUGGCUUGGAGAUCUAGAAUAUUCGCGGUCACCAAAUUUGUCACGCAGAUCUCAAAUGCGUUCCACUUCUACCGCGUUCCACGGUUCCUCAUAUUUGUCAUGCGCCGACUGCGUUGCGACCCAAACCAAAAAGCUUCAUUUCCAAACCACCUCCAGGGCUUAUCUAAUUUCAGCGCUGUCGCAGACAUCAGCUUUCCACUUUCGUACUUUUGCUCGGUCGUAGCAUCAGUCUUCUCGAUUCACCGUAAUCGCUUUGAACUUCCACCUUUAUCAUCUCCACCGCAACGGUAACUUCGUCGGAUUCCUCGACAUAUGCAUUAGAAAAUUCCAGUUUUCCCAAGUUUGUCAUGCAUUUUUAGCAUGACAGAUAUUUUGCAGACGUAGACUUAUGCAUGACAAACUGGUUGGGAAUGACUGGAGUUUUCAUCUUCAUAGGGCUCGACUUUCCGCUCUCGAAGACAAGCAAGAUGUCUGGACGCCAGGAGAUCAUUCUCAACGCCAAAACCACGGGGAACUACGGUCCUUUGACCGCCCCCGAGAAGAAAAAAGAGGCGGCCCGCCUGGCUGUGUGCUUGAAGAUCAUCUUGUCGCACUUGAAACCGGCCGACAUGCUGGACUUGAUCAAGCACUUGCAGGAUGCCUAUGACGAGUCCCAGAAGAAGCCCGAAGAAAAGUUGGGCGGCCAGGUGUUCAGUGGAACCAAUUUCAAAGGUACUACUUUGCUGUUGUCUGAUGCGCUUGUGCUGUUGUUGUAGGGUCGGUUUAUAAUUUUCUUCAUUUUUUCCCGUCCGACAUGAACUCAUAUCUUGAUAAGAGAUUGUCAUGCGAAAAUGAAACCAAAAAUAUAUCUUCACAGAGGGGUGGAAGUCGAUACCCAUCAAAUUCCUGCAAAAAUGGACGGCGCUGGUUUUUGAGUGCGGGGCCCAGGACGUGCAACGCGUCCUGAAAGAGGCCGAGCAGGCGUGGGUCCUCUUUCGGACCAUGGGAAUUACCGACAUUCACGUACUUCAUCUUGUUUUUUUCAAAUCUGUCAUGCAUAUGUGUAGUUUUUUGCAUCACAAAUUCAUCACUUGUGUUGUGCUCCAGAGCUUCAGCUUUGGCGCUGAUCCCGAACCACCUCCUCAUAACAAAAAACAGCCGCCGACCGGAGGCGAAUCGGCCGCUACGGAGAAGUCCUGCGUGGGUGAACUGCGCUGGUGGAAGCAGAACCGCCCGAAAAAGUUCCGCAAAGCGGCCAAAGAGUUGCGCCGCUUGAUGCGCGGCGACCACGAACCGUCGGAAUCCGGUAGCAGCGACAGUGACCACGAUUCGGCUUUCGGAGGCGAAAAAAACCGCAAUGCCAGCACCGAUACCUCUGAUUCCAGUUCUUGCGGAAAAGGUCGCCGCGGUGGGAAGAAAAAUGCCAAGAACAAGAAGAUGAAAAAGGAGAAAGCUAAGCCGAAGGUACUUUUGUUUGUCAGAUAAGUCGGUGCAAAUUUACACACAACACAAAGCUUCGCCAGCCUAUUCAUUCAUGCGCAAUACAGACAUCUGAAAAGUUAUAUCAUGACUGACCAAUCCAAAAACUAAAACAGGGCUCGAUUUUGGCGCUGGCCAACAAGCCGAAGUCCAUGAUGUUGAACUUCCGCGACAGCUCCAGUGCGGAUCGCAAGCGUGGCCGCUCCAAGAAUGUGACCAUCAAGCGCCGCCGCAAGCAGUCCUCUUCUUCCGCGCCAUCCACCCCGCCCAAGCGGAAAAAGAACAAGCCCGUCCGCCAAUUGACCCCGCACCCCCGUUACAUCGAGCAGCGUGCGGGUCUCCCCGGGUCUUCGAGAGACAUCUUCGCCCCGAACCACAACUACUCGCUGCGCGACUACCGCAAGAUGCGCUCGUCGGGGAAGCCGAAGUCUGGGAAACCGAGUAUGCUGCUCGCGGGGAAGGAGACUUCGAAGAACAAGCGGAACGUGUUGGAAAGCGUGGACGAGGAAGAGGAAGACGCCGACUCUAUCGGCGACUCUGAUUCCCACGCCGAAGAUUCCAUGGACAACUACUUCCGCCACAGCCCCAACCUCGACAGUAUGAUCGAUGAUGGGGAACUGGAUGAUCAGGAGUCGAAGUCGGGACUGCCUGCUACCCCGUUGUCGCCGGAUUCUUCUCAUGGUGCUUCGAAAAAGCGCGGCCGUGGCAAGGGGAAGGAUGAUAAGAAGCCGGCUGGGAAAGGUGCUGCUACCCGCACCAAGAAAAAAUCGGCCGACAAGAAGGACGAUAAGAAGGAGGCUCCGAAGCCGACGGUGAAGGUCCCGGGUACCGAUGAGCGCCCGUCGCGUGGUAGCGCUUUGUCGGACAAAGCCAAAUCCCUGCGUGCGAAGCGUGAAAAAGCGACGAAGAAGGCGACUGCCUCGCAGGCUUCCGGCCGUGGUGCCCAGUCCUCCCAGAAGUGUAUCUACUUGAAAACGGCCUCGCUGCAGCAUUUGUUUCCAGGUUUCUGAACGACAAGGUUGUUCAUUUUAUGGAGAAGUUGAUUUCUCUAAAACGAAAAACGCAUGACAAGUUCAGCCUCCUGGAAAUUUCUGCAGCGGAGGCUCGUUUUCAAUUGCAUAAACGCCGCUCCGAAAACCCCGGAGUCGAAGGCGCGCACUCCGCGCGGCAAGAGUCCUGUCGCGACUCCGGGAUCCGAAAAGAAGACGAAGAUGUUGCCGCCGAAGCUGCCCGCGCCGAAACAGGAUAAGUCCACCCCCAUGAAGACGAAGUUGGCCAGUACUCCGGGCAGCUCGGGGAAGAAAAAGAACGACGACAAGACUGCUGCGUCGCAGAAGGACCCGCCCCCGUCGGAGAAGAAAAACGACAAGCACUAUUCGCCGAAGCCCAAGACGGGGCCUCCGGCUAGCAGCAGCAAAUCCACGAAGGGUGAGGUCAAGGAGGAACAGAAUACCUCGAAAAAGGACGAGGUGAAGAAGGACAAAACGCAGUAGGUGCUGCUGGUGCAGGCCGAAUCAACAUCGUCAAAACUGCGGCGUUGCAGUUUUUCACAGUUCUAUUUCGUCGCGGGCCGACAAGAGCAAACCGAUUAUUCGUAGAAAUAAAAGCUCAUCGGAGGUGCCUACAUCCUCCCAUCAGCAACUACACUCGAAACCGGUGCCGAUAUCCGGACCAGUGCAGCGGGACACUGAUAUCAAAACCUGUCUACAUACGUCACGCGGUCCUGCAUGACAAACUUCAAACAACAAAUGAAAGAAAGGAAUAAAAACAACGUCCGAUUUAGCAGCACCAUCACCAGCAAUAAUUUCGAAUAUCCGGCUAAAACAACUUCGGCUGCGGCAGUAGUAGUUCCCGAAUAUUCAUCAACUGAUAUCUUCACCUCCACCGCGUUCGGUCUCGGCGACACUGAUCUCCCAGUCCUUAUGGAUUUGAAAAAUUCUACCCCACUUUAGUGAAAGGCUAAAGCGCAAGAUCGGAAUCUGUCACGCGUGACAAGAUGAUAUCUCGUUACGAUUUCACAGCGACAGGAAUUAGUCAUGCAUUUUGUAAAGUGUCACGCGUGUGAGGAUGAGGCAUCUUGCAAUUGUGCCUUUCGCUAAGGUGGGGGCAUCGUUUUCAUUUCCAUCUGCGGACCACGGUGUCGAAUCAAACGAACUAUCAGGGAAAGAACUACAUUUAUUUGAGUCGAUGUCAUCGACGAUUUCUACUCCUCGAUUGAGGAGAAAAUGAACAUUUUCGCCGCGUAUGGAGCUUGCUCCUUUUGAAUACAUUGCUGAGAUAAAGUGUGAAGCUUUUCGAGCUUCGCAAAAACUUUAUUUUUUAACUGUUAAGCGGACGGAUGGAACCCAAUAAAGCUGCGCCCUUCUCAUGUUUGCCGACAGGCUACGUGCCCGCUACCGCUUCUUCUUCUUUCGUGUUCCUCAACCUCCUCCUUCCGAAAUGAAAAGCUCCUUCCACCGAAGCUCUAUGGUUCCGCGAAAUCAAAAUAACGUGAUCACCGCCCGGAUCACCAAUGGCUUUGCCGUCGAUCAACGUUCUCGUCGCCUACAGCCACGACCGCAGGAGAUCCCAAAUUUCUGCUCAUCGCUCGGCCCUGCGGUGCCUCGUUCUUCCACCAAUGCGCUCCAUCCAACAACAAUUCUUUUUUCAAUUUUCUCCCCGGUUCUGCUGCUUCUCAGCGAGUUCGGACGACAAGGCUCCACGGAAAUCAAAACGCAGGUCUUUCGUUCUCCACCCGAUCUUGAUUGCGACUGCGAAAAGUUCUUUCCGAUGCAUGCAUUUUGAGCCAUCUUCUAACAGGGCCUUCGUUUUUGCACUUCGUGCGAAAACAGGACUGGAAUUCCACUUGAUUGCAAACUAGAGCUUCUAGGUUUUGUAGCUUCUAAAUCUACGUAGCGACUCAGAUUCAAAUAUAGUUUUUGUGCGGGUUUGCGCUCCGCGCUUUCUCGAUAGCGACAUAGUUUGAAGAUGGUGCAGGUGUAUCCGAUGUCAAACGCCCCUCGAAAGUUGUUUGCUGUGCCAUGCACAACCUUCAUUUGUCAUGCACGGAGUGCAUGGCUGCAUAUCAAACGACUCUCGUGGGGCCAGUUUGCCAUAGGAUAUACAGAGCAAGAAACUGCACGAGAACGGCACGCUGAUGCUGUGCCGCAUGCUCAGCGACACGUGCGUUGGCAACUGGAAGCGCCAGCGUGGAGCCUUGGCUCCGAAGUGGUCCCAGUGGCGCCUGGAGCUCGAGCAGUCCGAGAUGUACGGCACGGCGGAGGACCUGGACAUGGAGAACGGCACCUGCAAGACCAAUAUGGGACUGGAGAUGGUGCUUGUUUUUCUUUUCAACCUUUUCCUCUACUUUUUCGUGGGGCAAGCUGCAAGAGCUGCAUCUUCAACAUGGCGAAGUGCUUUCGAGGCAUUUGCCCGAGGGCAUUUUCGCAUGACAAAUUUAGAGCACGCUGAAAGACGGCGCCCCUACAUGCAUGACAAAUUGGGUAGUUGCGGUCGAACAUCAUUUGCGCAUCACAAACUCGAAACUGAUGAGAAGAAAAACGUAUUUUCGCAAUACAAAUUUAAAUUCUUUCAGGCCUUGUUCCUGUUGUGGAUGAAGGGGCGCGGGUACAACGACCAGGUGAAGGCGUGGCUGGCCACUGUCCGCUAUAAGCCGCAGGACCUCAACGACUCCGACAGGCUGCAGCUGAUCGCCACAGCUUUGGAGAAGGCGCACUGCGAGUCCGAGGUGUCCGCACACCUGCAGCUGGUAAAUCGUAUCCACCUUCUUUUGUCGCAUUAGGUCGCGCUACUUCCGCUUUUCCAAAAUAGAUAUGAUAGCCACGCCUCGAGCUGCAUGAUUUCCACUUCUUUCCCGCAAUACAGAUUCUCCUCAAGACCCAAAAAAAUCAACCCAGACCAAUCUGCUGCGGGGGACGCUCGACUUGAUCAUCUUCAUGAACAACCUGCUUGGCGUUGUCCACUUCGAGUACCCCGGCGAGUACACCCAACUGAGUGACCAAGUGUGGCAGAAAACGAUCAACAUUCAGACCGAUGAGAGUACAAAAGGGCAGGAGAAAAAAGCCUCCUUUGCGGUAUAGAGUUUAGAUUUCUUUUGGUUGAUUCUCGCAUGACAAAUUGCAUCAGUCGUUGUUUCCUUGGAUCUGUGCAUUACAGAGCUUCGCCUUAUACGAUUUACGCAUUACAAACUCAGGCUUACUUGAGCUUCAUGAUCAACCCCGUCCGGAAGUUUGUCACCUACUUCUUCCCGCUGAUCUUGCAGCGCCCGAGCCAACGGCUUCCGGGAGGGAAAAACCCCGUGCACUCCGCCGCGCAGGGCAAGGCCGUCGACUUGUUCCGGCUUGUCCACUGGCUCGGGGGGCCGGCCUUGGUGCGAAAACUGGUCGGACCGUUUUACAGUGGCUGGCGCCACUGUUUGAUCAUAGAUAGUGAUCAAGAAGAAUCACAAGUACGUUCUGGACAAGGACUCGGCUACGUGAUCAACUGUGUCACGCGCCUCGGCAUCCAUCAUCGACUUUCAAAUAUAUGCAGCCGCGUGUACCUUGCCAUCGCGCGGGUCCGAUUCUGUUUGCGAGAUUUCCUCCGCGGCCAAUACGCACGUAACAGCCUCCGCGGCGCCUACGAGGCUGCGAGGCAGCGCCUGCUGCAGAAGUGCGACGAGGAGAACUUGUGCAUCGUGAAGGUCGAGCGGCAGACCGGGAAGACGACGAAAAAGGCGCUACAAGAAAGUACUUCGAUUUUGUUUCUCUUAGCGUUCGGUAGUGCAUGCAAGUGGUUUAUGUUGAUUUCAGGUUUUGGGCUCAAUACAAGUCGGCUUUUUAUUUUGAAAUGGCCAUCACAGCGCCCUGAAACAAGAUGGAGGAAGCUCGUGGCCAGCGGCCCGGUAGCCAAACUUGCCCCAAGUCGAAAGCCGGAACCUUCGGCUUUCGAUUUUUUCAAAAGUGAGCGCUUUGAUUCUUGGUCGCACAGAUCAGAAAGAGAAAAAGUGCUCAAAAAGUGAGUUCGAAAAGGGACAAAAAGUGCAAAAAAAAACAUGGCUUUUUUUCAUUUUUUUGUGGAAAAUCAAACGUGAUGGCGUUUUUUAUCCCCACCUGUAUACAAAAAAGCGAGUUGUGAUGGUGUUUUUUAUCCCCACCUAAAAUGGCACUUUUUGCGCUUUUUGUAAACGUGAUAUUUUUUGAAUCCCCACCUAAGUGCAAACGAAAGAAGCAAAAACAAAAACACCACCACAACCGGAAAAGUUCAGUUUUAGGCGCGGACUCCGAAGUCGCUUUUUUUUCAAGUUUUUCAAAAGUGGUUAUUUUGUGAAGUGUGAUGCUCGCCUAUAGGUGGGGACUCACUCUUUUUUUGGUGCAACAUCACACCAAAAAUGAAAACAUUUUUUGUUUUCGGGGGGGGUCCAAAAAAUAUUAGAGUUAGCGAAAAAAAAUGUCUAUUGUGAUUGACAAAACAAAUAAUGAAAAGAUUGUUUUUCAAAGUCGAAAGCUCUUGAUCGUCGUCUUCAAAUCCGCCCAAAUCUCGCAAUACAGAUGCGUCGCUGACCAGUAUGGUGGGAGCCCGCUGGUUUGCGGAAUGGGCGGUGGCACAGUGGCUGCUCAGAAACAGCGAAGUGGUGAUUGCGAUCUUGCGCGAGAUGUUGGACUUCGAGAACGGGUUUCGGGCCAGAGUCGACGGCUCGGAGCGUGGCCAGCCCUCGACUUUUGAGGAUGGCACCGCGCUGGAUUAUCUCGACCUGUUUCCUGCGCCACUGGUUUUGACCGAGGAGGGCAGUGUCAUGGGCCUCAGCAGUGAUGUGUUCGGUGGAAGAUAUGCAUGACAAACAGCUAGCAAUCUGACCACGUGGAAAUGUGAAGAAUAAAGAUGUCAUGCGGAAAUGAACUCACAGCUGCGUUUCCUAUAUGCGCAGGCUGCAGUUGUUUGUCCCUUGCAUAAGAAUGGAGAGGAUCUCGUGGCGGCUGAAGUCGAUCGCAAUGACACGCUGCUGGACUACGAAGGUAAUCUUGUUGAUAAUCCGGAUGGAGUGCAGCAGCAGCCGGUCGGCAACUUGUUGGCCCCCAUGGACGUCGAGAUGGAGGACGUGCAGGAUGAUCCAGAUGUUGCUCCGAUUGUUCCUCCGGCCGCCAAUCCGCCCGCGCAGCAGCAAAACGCUCCCGCUGGGAAUUUAGGUGAUCCGGAUGACGACGCAGAUGAUGAAGUACGAAAGUGAAAAACUCUUUGUAGAACGGGUUUGGUAGUUUGAAGCUUCUAGUUGUAGAAUUUCGAACUUGUCAUGCAAAAUUUCCAAAUUUCGUAUCUACAAAGAGGCUUUCACUUUCAUACACUGCUCCCGAAGGAGCUGCCGGUCGCGGAAACAACACUCGUCGCACGGACAAGCAGCGGACGCUGGACCUUUUGAACUCCAUCGAGAAUUGCGACGAAGACCGAGCCCGGCACUACGUCGACUCCAUCAAAGUGCACCACUCGUUUCACUCCAUGCGCCUUUCCGUCACCGCCGGUGCUUUGUCGACAGAUCGGGGACGAGCGGAAAUCAAGGCGAAGUACACGCCGCUGUUUCCCUGGGCCAACUUCGACGGUCAAUGCCACGACUUUCUGAUCAGCGUGGAGGAGAACAUGCCGGGGUUCUUGCUUGCUGCCAUGCGGCAGGCUUGCAAGAACAUCCACAACCUGCAGGAAAUGCACUCCGCCAUGUGCAUCAUGAUCUUCACCAUGCGAUUUUACUUGUACACGUGCUUCGACCCCAAUUUCGGGCUGUGGUUUUCGGUUGUGUUCCGUCCCCGCAUCUCUGACGCCCACAUCAUGGCCAACGAUAUUAAGCACGACGUCCUGGACACGACGGCCGGAAAUGGCGUGUUUUGCCGGAAGCUGAAUGUCUUCGCCACCUACAUUCAGAACCUCCUGAACACCGAUUCGGAGCUUGGGGAGGAGGUGUUGAAAUUGAUUGUGAUCAGCGGUGCAACGGGGGAAUUUGAAGGCGAGCGGCACUGGCGUUAUGCCAGUGUCGCACAGAAGAUUUUCCGCGCCCUCCAAGGCCGGUUCAAGUUGUCUUUCGGCCGCUUGCGCUGGGCCGAAAAGUGCAUGCAACUGUACCGGAAGACUCCGUCCCUGUGGGGCUCGAGUUCCCGCCACGCCCCUGCCCCGGUUUCCCAGAUCCGCCCGAUUUUGGCAAACACCGCUGAUCCGCCGACCGCUGCGUCUUUCCGUGAAGAAGUUUUGCAGGAGUCUAAGGACGCUCCGACCCUGCAGCAGCAGUUCAAAGUCCUGGAGGACCUGCGGAUGUCCCAUCCGCUUCCGGAGCCGAUGGUGGAGAUCGCGAAUCGAAUCAAGCUGGAGACUAUCCUCUGAAAAAAACUAAAAUGAGUGUUGCUCUCAUGCAUGACAAACACAUAAUGUGGCACUGGAAAAGAACUCGCAUCAUGGAAAACAUUCACUUUAGACAUUUUUCUUUGGGAUAAAUUCUCUGAGUGACGACAUCGCCGCCAGCGCCAUCAACUACGUGAAGCCGGGUUUGGAGACCGCGGUGCGCCUCCAGGCCAGUCGCGUCGAACAGACGGCCGACAUCCCGAUCUUGGAAGAGGUUGGCAAGCGUUUAUCCAGAUGAGCCUCCUGCUCGCCAUCACAGAUUUUGUAAUGCGCGAGGAGCAGACGCGGCAUCUUGCAUCACAUUUUGCGCAUGACAGAUGGUAGUGAUUUCAGGGAGCAGGAGGCUCAUCUGCAUAAUCUGUUGACAAUGCUCUGCGCUUGCGGCACCGCGCUGCCGACCACCGCCCGGUCUGUGCUAUCGACGAGGAGGACGGGACUUUGGGAAUGAUCAUGUGGUUGGUCUUGCAGAUUAUCGACGGGAAGUGGUUCGGAGUGUCGAUGACCAGAGUUCCGGGAGACGUGCUGAUGAUCGCACUGGCGUACAACCAGAUGCAGCCGGGGUGGGGAUUGACGGCCCAUCUCUCCUUCAUGGAGAUAUGCAUUGCAAAUUUGUCAUGCGGAAGUGUAGAUUUGUGCUUCUUGCCCGAUCGCUGCAAUUCCGAAAUAUAAAGUUGAAGCACAAAUCUACCGCUCCGUGCGCAUGACAAAUUUGCAAUGCAUAUUCUGACUACACCAUUUCGUUUCAUCACGGGCAGCUGCGGUUCCAUUUCCAGCAGGCGAACAUCAUCGAGUUCAAGCAGGGAGUGAUGGAGUGCAUCAACCACCUGCCGUCCCCCAUCCUGAAGGAUGUCAUUCGGAUUUACACCGGGAAGUCGAUCAUCAGCUCCCCCCCCGCGAGCAUUUUGCGGAAGAUUUUGCAGGGACUCGCGGACGAAUCUCGUCCGAUCGAAGAAUCUGUGGCGGAAGUGAAGGAGUUGUUGGAGAACAACACCAUCCUCAUCGACGGGAUCAACGACGAGCCGAUUGUGCGCCGUCGCCGCAACAACACGCUGCUCAUUCCCCGUGAAGCGGGCGAAGGCGGUGCGGGAAUGGAAGGAGUGGACCGGGCUGGGCGCCGUGAGCUCGGCCGGGUCAUGAACACCACGCAAUGGGCGGACAUCUGCACGGCUUGUAACGAUGACGUCCACCUGGUCCGCCGCAGCCUCCGUCGUACCGGACAGGUUGGUGCGAUGCUGCGGUGUGUCUGGCCGAAAGGUACUGACUUCGGUCCCGGACCGAAGCCGCAGAUGACGACUACUAUCGGCGGCCGCCAAAAUCUCAUUGAGAUUAUCGAGCAAGCCUUCUGUCCCGGCACCCUGCGGCUCCACAAGUUGCAGUGCCCGGACUGCGAAGAGCUGCUGGUCCAGGAGCGCAGCAUGCGAGACCGCGCCGGAGAGGUCCUGAACUUGGUUGGCUGCUGACCUCCAGGCCGACGACGAGCAGAACUCCGAUGAUGACUUCGAUCUUUUCGACAACUGAGCCCGGUACUAUGAGAUGCAAAAAUGACCAGCUUUCACGCCAGCGGUGGUUUGCAUGACAAAUCAGUGUCCUCGUAGCCAUUUCAUACCUAAAAAUCCACUCUCGCAUAUCGCUCUUCUCAAGCCAUGUGCGAUAGUGGAAAAAUGCAUGACAAAUUUUGAACUUGCGGAACUGUAUCCGCCGCUGGCAUCGCUGGCAUUUUUGAAGCUGAUAUUCUCGACGAGUCGGCGCGUAGAGAAGCAAAAAAGUGCUUUCAAGUGGAAGCGAGAUAAGAUUUAUUCUAGAAAUUCUUUUUGCAUAGAAAUCGCAUGCGCUUUGUAUUUCCAUAGGUGGUUAUACCUUUCUUCUUUUAUAAGUGGUUCGGCUUUCAACAUUUAGAUUUAGAAAGCAGGAAGAAAUAGAACUAUCUGCUCGCGCCACUACCAACAAAAUUCGAUUUGUGAUGCAAUAAAUGAUUUAUUUUUAUAUCUCGUGUUGAUAUCAAUCCGUCUCCGGGUGUGGUGUUGCUCCAUCCGCAAUCUUUGUGGUAGGGUUUCGCCAGACUCCGCUGUAAUCCGGAUUUGUUUUCCGAUCUAGACGAACUGAUGGAACAACUACACAACUUGUCAUGCAAUAACUUCACUUCUCGCCUCGAAAGAAACGAAGAAGAAACAGAAGCAAAACGCAUGACAAAUUUCAAACACACUUUUCUUUCUCCUGUAGUUUGAAGCUGCGUAGCAUCACUACAGGCGAAUACUGCUGCACGUUAAUACCACGCGAUUUAUUUUCUGAGAAUGAAACUCAUUUUUGAGUGGACUUCUCGCAAUCUGUCAUGCGCAAUUUAUGUUGCGAAGGAACUGGCCCGGGUGGACAUAUGGCAAUGUAGGGAAUCGGGUACAUAGUUUUCGCAUCACAGAUUUGAAAUUAUCGAAGGUUUUUAUCAUGAAAUAAAUGAACUACUUCAGGACCCCUCAAUAAAUGACCUCAGCUGCACUACCCCGCUUGGAAUAAGUGAGUCGCUUUGCCUAUCUCAAAAUAUAGUGUUUCUGCUUCUGUUUCUUUCUUGUUGGUGAGCUUCUCCGCACCUCGGCAUCCACUUGAAAAAUUUGUGAUCGAAGUAGAGUUGUACUGGUCCAGAUUGAGGCUCGGCAAGGUCCUCGGGGCUCGUUGCUAGCAGUCAAAAUCAUCGCUGCUAUUUUUAUGUUGUGUGGGUCUGCAGGAGCCACCGGAAAUCACUUAUAGCUCCAUAGCGUCGUCAGAACUUUCGCUGUUGACGUUGACCACUUUGCUCAGCAUCUCCUGCAGCUGAGCAGCAUGACAAAUCUGCUCCUUCGAUAAAUAAAACUCAUCCGCCCAGGACGCUUCACCAUUUUCCACGUAGUUCAGGUUCUCCGGAUAUAGUGUUAGGGUCCCGGACCACCGUAGCCUGUGUGUGGAUUUGUUUCAGAUGAUUCUGCUUAUUCAUUCUGCCUCUUAGAAAUAUCCUUAGGCUUUGUUUGAAAACGAAAACACAAUGGUGCGAAAAGCAGCUCUUCGACAAGGCAGUCAGAAACUGCUUACGUUUCAUCCGUGGGCUAUAUGGAAUUGAAAUCUGCGUCCGUGGCUAAUCUGUCAUGCGUUUCUGUUGAGAAGCCGCUGCUUCUGAAGUUCUACCAUUGCUGAGAUCUGCUUUACACGCUGUCCAGGUUGUCGCUCUGCAUGACAGACUUUGCACGUUCGGCAUGACAAAGCUACAUAGUUUGGACAGAGAGCUUCUGCAGGCUUACUGCCAUCAGCAGAAACGUAUUCCAGGCGAGCCACGGACGUCAGGUUUCAUCGGAUAAGUUCUGGGGCGUAGCCGUGAAGCGAUAGGGCCCGAAUGGGGAAGAAGAAAGUGCCCGCGUAGCUGUGAGCCGGCCCGCGGUUUGCGCGCACAUGCAGCAGGAAGGCGUCGACUUGGUCCGGGGUGAAGCCCGAUCCGUUUUUCCUGGUAUAAUAUUUUAUGAAGAUUCCAAUCUUUCUCUCAAUAGGUUUAGGGUGGCAAUGCUCUGGCCUGUUGCGGCGCGGUCUCAUGAGUGUGUAAUGCGGGAGGCUGCAGUGCCCAGAGCUGCCGCGGCCGACCGCGAAAAAACUUAAAUGUGAAAUAGCAUGAUGCCUCGCGGUGCUCACCCUGAUGCCCGCCACUUCACCGCGCCCGUUUAGUUUGAAUUUCGCGGUCCUUUCCUGGCGCCGUAUCGUGUGCCCGCCAUACCGUAGAAUCCCAUCCACCACUUUGAAGCCAACAGAAUUCAGGGCAUACGCGCCGCCUGCGGCCACUGUGCCCUGCGCGAACUGCUGGCGCAUGCGCUGCUCGACGGCCUGGAUCCGGGAUGCGCAAUUGAAGUGGCCGAGAGCAGCGGUUUUGUUGAGGGCAAAGCCCUGCCAGUGCUCGCGUAGCCUGUUCGGCAGGUCCUCUUUUCGGCACCACCACUCGUUGUGCAUCAGGUCAAUUAGCUCCCAGUCGUAGUGCCUAGUGACUGGGACAACUAGGACGCUGGCCUGCCGUUUCCGCGUGAUGCCGAUGAGAAUGGUGUUCGCGUAGGAUUUGCGGUGCUUGAUUAUUUGGCAUUUCAAGCUCUGGAGCCACGGCUUCAAGGGGCUCCAGGAGCCCUUGAUCUGGAGCAGCACGGCCAUCGGCCCAUCCAGAGCCGCGUUGUUUGCGCCCAUCUCCUGGGAGUCGACAGCUUCAUCAGGUUGAAUUUUGGGCGUAAUCGCCAUGUCCGCUUGGAAUUCCGGCGUAUAGAUGACCGAAAAUUCCUCCUCCAGCAGCUGGGUCGCCUGUGUAAUGGACCACUGCUCGAUCUGGUGGGGGCGAGUUCCCAUCUUCGCGGCUCUGCAGGUGGGGGCAGGCUUCUGGGUCGGGUUGGUCUCAGGGGGUGCAGGGGCUGGCCUUGUUCUACUUCUCUUUGGCCACAGUGCCAGGCUGGGGAGGCCUUGGCUAGAUGCAAGCUUUGGGAGGGUUUCAGAGGGGAAUAUUGGGCCAGGAUGCUGGCUUUUGGGUCCUGUAGACGUCUGAUUCAGCUUAAAAUGCCUAUAAUAUAGCCUUACUUCGAGCAUUCUAGCCUUGAUUUGGCCUAUUCUGAGCUAUAUUCUCCCCUAAUAUGCAUCACAGAUUGCCAGCGGGAGCCACGAAAUACGGACCGACACUUGGCUCAAUUGCUCAAUCCGACCAGCUCCUAGACUUCCAAUGGACUCCGCUGCGAUUACGAGGUGGGGCCAGAGGGCGACAACCCCAUCUACCAAGCUUCGUCUGCUGGAAGCUGAUCGUUUGUCUUCAGAACUCUCUCUUAGCUAGCUUAUUCAAACCGCCAUUUUUGACAUAACCAAAUAGCUAACACAAAAAUAAAUACAUUCGCAUUCGAGAAUUGAAAAGUAUUUUCUUACCUGAGAAUCAAAAUAAUUUUUUGUUCAGCUCCUGCAAAAUUUUGAAAAUUUGAAUUUUGUGAUUGUGAUGGUGUUUUUUUCUUCGAUAAAUACAAAGGAGCUCAGCAAUGCAGAUUCAAUUUGUAAUGCGGAUUUACCUUAACUACCUAGAUUUGUAAUGCAUAAUUGCUACAAAUAUGCAAUUAGAAGUACGAGCACGAUACUUUUGCAGUGCAUACGAAACCUUCGAGGACGACUUCGAGCUGCCGGGAUUGACCGUGACGGAGGAGCAAGUCGCAGUAAACCAGGAGGAGCCGAAAGAACUGCCAGAAACACAGGAGGUCGAGGUGACUGGGGUCGAAGAAUCCACCUCGCCAGCAGAUGCAGAAGCUGCACCAGAAGUUGUAGCAGAUGCAGUGUCCGCUGCGCAGCAGCAGGAAGACCCACAUGCUACUGAGCAACCAACACCAGUGGAGCCUGCAGAAGGUACUGGCGAAGAUGAACCAGCGGCGCCUGCUCCUGCGGACGAGGAGCCAACAGCUGUCGACGUCGAGUCACCACCUGUAGUUGCCGCUGAUGAGGAGCCGACCGCAGAAGUAGCUGCUGCUGCAGAUGAGCAGGAAAAUGAAGUAGAAGAAACUCGUCCUGCCGCUGGUGGGGACGAUUUGCCACUAAUCGGCCAGGACGACAACCCAAACGCAGGGGACGAGUUCGUGCCAGUGCAAGAGCAUGAAGAGGUAGAAACAGGUCCACAAGUAGUAGAGGAUAGUGCAGAACUGGUCGAACCAGCUGCAGAAACCCAAGUGGAAGACCACGAGCAAUUGACAGCUACCGCGGAGAAGGAAGGUGCAAGCGAGGAGCCACCAGCAGAAGUUCCUGUCGUGGAAGAUGCAGAUGCCCCAGCCGCAGUGGAGCCGGUUCAGGAAGACCAAACGGUUACAGUAGAAGUCGAGCAGGAAGAGCCGCCUGUGACCGCUGUAGUUGCACCACCAGCUGCUGUUAUCGACGAUGAAGCUGCAGCACCAGAUGGGCCGCAAGCGCAACCAACCAACACUAGCGACCCAGAACCAACCACGGAACAGGGAGAGCCGUCCACUGAGGGUGUGAAUAGUUCCGGAUCCAGCUCCGACUCUCAUUCCGAGUCAGCGCAGUUGCGGACAACCGCAGAUCGGGCCGCAUUUGUAUUGCUUGUUUUGCGACAACCGAUGCUUGAGCCUUCUCCUUGUCGAUCUCGAUCUCAAAUGAUGAACUUGAUGUCAAUUUGCUUACCACACCAACAUUCUUGUUUUAUCUUUCUCAUCUUUGUCCUUGAUGCAGCAAACUUCUAAACUUGUAAACUAAAAAUGAAACCACCACCAGGCUGCCAUCGUUUCCGGUUUUGACGCCGCGGAGUUCGAAGUAGAAGUUCUUCAACCAGAACACGGCCUCAACAUCGAAAAACAAACCACGGACGAAACCCCCGACGAGGCUUCCUGGCGGGAGAAAACUUUACGAUUCGCCCCGACUUCCCCCCAACAAGCUUCCGACCAAGGCGCACAAUCUCCGCCGCAACCACCACCCUCCACUUUCAGAAAGCCCGAUCCGGACAAUCCAGAAAUUGCGUUUGUCAAUGGGAGGUUGGUGACAAGAAUUCCUGGUGGAGGGGCAAUUCCAAGUAGCUCCUCCGGUAGUCGUAGCAGCUCCCGGGGAAAUUCGCCAAGAGGGAGUCACAAGAGCGAUUCGAGUAGUAGAGCGGGUGGAAAGCGGACGAAGAGCAAAGACAUCAAAUCUGGUAGUGAUAAGGAGUCUGUAGCGACGAUUGAGGGAGCGGACGGACGGCCGAGGAAGGUAAAAAUGUUGCCUAAUACAUUAGGGUGUAAAUAAUGUCCUCUUGCAGACGAGCAUACAAGCUUGCAUGAUCAUGGUUGUGCUCAUUGGAAUUCUGAACAUCAUCUCUUUCUCACCUUGCACAAGAAACUAUCUCCAAACCAAACGUUUCAGGUCAUCGACUUCGCUACCGACGACUCCACCAUUGGCCGAACUCAAGACCAAUCCCAACACCCAAUAGUAGACAGCGAAUACCUACAACCGGAAACCCAUUCCCUGACCGAGUUAGGAAGACAGUUCGAUUUGGAAUCGACCCUCGAGUCUUUAAACCAGCCAGACGCGGAAAGAACCAGUCAUAAGGAACUAGCCGCGAAGCACAAAAACGUAAAAUCGAAAAUCACGGUUUUGUCCCCGGAGGUCUACGAGAGCAAGAAUUGCAAGGCGCUGAUGAUCCUCCGGAAGCACACGGUGCAAGCGGUCACGGACUUUUUCCACCAUUUGUACGAGCCGAUCGCGCCGGACGGGUCGCAGUUGAGGCAGGCGUGGCAGCCGCUGGGGAAGAGUUAUGAGGACAAACUGGCGGAAAAACGGGUGCUGGCGUAUAUGCAGGCGAAGAAGUAUAAUUUUGAUUACUGAUGUUUUUCUAAAUCCAGUCUAAGCGCUUCUUCGCAUGAGAAAUCACUCUGCUCACACUGAGACGAGUUAUGCAUGCUAAGAAAAUUUUUUAUCCAAAAUCAAAAACCAGCCGUCUGGAGAAGCGGCAGAAAGCGGCGACGAAGCACACCGGUAUCCCGGACGGCGUCGACCCCGAGCAGUUCCAAGCUUACUUAGCCAGAAAGGAGGCCAACGCGCUCGCGGUCCGGAACCGGAUGUACGAAGCCUUGGACUUCGAGGAGACCGCGAAGCGACGGGAGCAAGCGAGAGAAAAGGAAAUGGAGAACAGGAGAGCCGCGUACACCCAAAUCGCGAACGAACUGCUAGAGGCGAAGGAGUACAGGACACAACUGCUUCAGCCCAACACCGCGACGGAACGGCACCAUGGAAAAAGACCGGACUCGCCUCUGAACAAAGAUCGGAAGGUGGAGUUCGAAACGCCGAAAAAAGACGGUGACAAGAACAACAAGCCCGCCGCCGGGAAAGUUGCGGGGAGGUUCCGGUUCCUAGACGCGGACGCGCCGCAUUCGGACUCGAAGGCGAUUCGAGGGGUGUUGUUCCGGGAUAGAGGAGAUGGAACAACAGCAGCGGCCGAGCGGGACGCGAUCUCGGUUUCCCCGGCGAAGGAGAAGAUUUCGCACUGGGGGGACUUGCGGAAGAAUUACUACCAGGAAUUGCCGAAAAUAUACGAGUCCGCGGAGCAGAAACUGGACAAACUGUCCGCGCAACUGGAUAAAAGAUUACACCGCUGCAUCAUGCGGGUAAGCAAAGUGUCCCCCGGGAAGAAACUGGCGCCGAUUUCGAACUCGACGUAUAGUUCAAGUACGGCUUUAUCAACAGAGCAGAUGAUCCGCAUGUCCGAUAACAACUCGGUGAACGGGAAUUCCAGGCCGAUGAUGCGGGGAAAUUUCUCCGCGAAUCACCCGAUAUACGACCCGAGCAACUUUAACGGGGGUACGAACCGGGAUAGAAUGAGGGGUGCAGGUGGUGGUGGUGGUAAUAGGGGGUCGCCGUCGCCCGCGAGGCAGUUGGAGUUGUUGACGUGAGGAGGUGGAAAGAAGGUUGUAGUGUCAAAGACGAGGAUAGAAGCUCAACCAGGCUCUCUUAUCUUACCUUUUGAUAAUCUCAAAUCUUACCAAUUUCGAAUAAAACGAACACGACUCAAACUCAGAAGUUUUUGUUUCUGUAUUGAUUUAUCCAGAGUCAGAGUUUCGAAAGUCAACAUGCUGUCGAGCCGUUGAUGGUACAAUCAACGCGCAGCUUCAUCGUGGUCUUGCGUUUCUGUCAUUUUGAUGGCAUGAUCAGCAGAAAAUUUGAAUCAGUUACCCCUGUACAAUGGUUUUGGAUGUCGGCGAAGAUUACGCCCCUCGCUGGUUUCUGUUGCUAGACAAACACAUGAU